AUGACUUCUCCUCUUCGCAGAUUGACACGAGCAGCGAGGAAUGCAGAUGCUUCAGCUACCACUCCAGAACCCAUGGCCAACCCGCCCUCUGCCUCACCCAGCAAAGUCGACCGCAAACGCAAACGCCUCGACGAGCCAGCAGAUCCUUCAAACAAUGCGAAUGGAACUGGAGAGCAUCUAGCUGAACACAAGUGUCAAACUUCCACAGCAUCCAACAACCUCAACGGCCUUGACAACGAAGCUCAGGCAGGCUCCUCCACCUCGGAAAGGAAACAAUUGUCCAAGAAGAUCCAGUCUCUCCUUGGCUUGCCCCGCUCCGACGCUUGGAAGCACCGCUCCAAGCCUCCAGAACCUAGCCAAGCUGCACAAAAAGCUGAAGAGCUUGUGUUGAGCGAGCAAGACGCCAGGAAGCUAUCCACCGUUCUGAGCAUUUUUGACGCUGCUGAUCUUCUUCCAACAACUUCCCAUUCCCAAAUCAAGGGCAAGUCACCCAGCAGGAACGGUACUUCUUCGGCCUUCAGUACCCUCAAAGAUGUAUUGCAACCUGGAACAAGUCUACGCGAUCUCAGAGGACGACUGCUCAGCAUACGCCAGCCUUUGCUCUCCAAGGCCGACAUCGCUCAGCAAUUGCACUCACAUCAAUACUCGUCCUCCUCUCAGCAGCAGUCAAAAGACUUGGCAAAGCUUUCCGGUCUAACGCUUGUCCUCGCACUCAUCGAUCAGCUCGCAUCACGCCUUCGACAAGCAGACACCAGCACAGAUGCUCUAAAAGGCGAGAUCCUUGGCUCCAUCAUCGAGGAACGCGCGCAUGCCUUUGAAGUUAAGAAUGCUCGCAAAACCGAGACUGCAGAUAACUCGGAUGACGAUAACAAUGUCAUCAGAGUUCGACCUAUCAGCCUCCACGCCGACGAUCAGCCAACGACCAGGUACGCUUUGCAUAUGCGACUUCCACGUGGCGACUAUUUCACCAAAGCCAUCGCCCUCGACCGUGAACAAAUCUGCAAACUCGACCCGGCUCAGGCGGAUCUGGUGCAAAUCAGCGCGCAGAGUGAAGCGCAGAUGCGUGCAUUCAAGCGUCAAGCUCUUGUCCCCACACCCACUCUCGGGCAGAGACUUGGCAGGAGCGCCAUCCGACAUCGCACCGACUCGAAAAAGUCAUCGCAACAGCCUGUCAGACCGCAACUUGUCACCUUCCUCAACUAUGGCAGCUACGCCUCUUUUGCGCCUACCUACGACUCUUCGGCUUCAUCCAUCAGCUACGGCACAAGCACCAUGCUUUCGCAGCAGUCAGUUCGCGCUCAUCGUUCGAUAUCCUUGGCAUGGGGACCUACACCGUUCCAAUCGCAAGAAUGUCUCGACCAACAGGAAGACGAUCUCGAAGCGGACGCACCGGUAGAGCCACCACAUGCGCCUGGUCAAUCCGACAUGGACGUUGAUCAGCAAGUCACAAAAUCUGCAUCACACAGUCAAGACGUCACUGCGAUCCUGCACAGUCUCGUUGAUGGCGUCAGCAUGAACGACCUUAGCGCAAGUCUCGACACACUGAGCCGGGACGAGCUGAUCACUUCGCAUCUCCGCUUCAACAUGAUGCUCCUUCACCGAUUGCAAGAGUUCCAGUGGGCGCGCCUUCGCCGAUCCUAUCGACCAACACCUUUGGGGCGCACAAGCACUACUGUCACCGGCCAGGAGUCACCAAGCGCAGAAGAGGAAGCAACGGCAGCCUUGUUGCUAGAGUCGCUCAGCGCGCUUGUGGCAUUGCAACCGCGUGCUGUUGACCUCGCAUCCGAUUCGGUGCAGAGUGUGGUGCCAGAAGCCAGCAAGCUGCGUGCCUUCUCCGCCAGCAGCGGUGCUAUCGACCCGGAUCUUCUUGGAGACCUACGCGGCGGUUUCUGGGGAGCUCUCGAUGCUAAUGUGGUCAAACUCACCAAAGCUGGUAGUGUCGCUUCCGAGACCCCAUUGGUCUUGCGUGACAAUAUCACCAUCCGCCUUGCCGAUGGCAGCGGCUCAAAAGCGAAGAAGACGUCGCGCAGAGCAGGUCCCGGCGCCGGUCAUACCGAGGAGAGGGGGCACGGCACUCUGGAGCGCUUUGCCGGCAGUCGCACCUACGACCACAAGCAGGAUCGCCAUGAUAUCGAGCCAUUGCGACCGGCACUCGACCAGCGCACAUCCUCUGCUUCACGGGAACCCGGCGCUUCAAAGCGAGAUACUGGCUCGCCUCAGCCACGACAGCCACCUUCUUCCGCCAUGUCACCGAACGCACGCAUGCAUGGAGGCUACCUUCCAACUCCUGGUCCGGGAAUGCCACCCCAGGCUCAUCGAUUGACGCCUGGGCCCAACUCUUCCUAUGCUUUUUCAAGCCCGCCCGGGGGUCUGAGAAUGCCACCUAAUGCGAUGGGACAGUAUCCACAGCCUGGUUUUGCACAUCCUGGUGGACAAGGUCACUGGCAAGGCCAGGCAACGCGCCAGUAG